UUGAGGAGGGAGGAUGGCGAACGCGAGCCGGGAGGUGGUGACUCUCCAGCUCGGCCACUACAGCAACUUUGUGGGCACUCACUGGUGGAACCUGCAGGAUGCUGCCUUGUGUUACGAUGGGGAACCCAAUGACUCGUACUCUGAGAUCAACAGCAAUGUUCUGUUCCGAGAAGGGGUGACACUGCAAGGCCAACCCACCUACACCCCCCGCCUGAUCCUGAUGGACCUCAAAGGGAGUUUAAGCAGUCUGAAGCAGGAGGGAUCUCUGUACGGCGUUAGUCAGACUGAACCUGCACUAACAUGGAAAGGGAGCCUGAGUGUACACAAGGAGGAUCCCGCGGUGAAGAAUCAGUUUCUACAGCAGCUUGACAGGCUUGGGGAUGAGCUGAACUCCAACUCCAGAGCAUUCCAAGGAGAGGAAAGAGCUGCAGCAGUGCCUGGGGCUGAGAGAGCCCACAACUUAUCACAGAGCAGCUACAGGCUGGAGGACAGUGUCGGGGUGUGGUCCGACUUCCUGAGAGUGCACCUUCACCCAAAGACUAUCUCUGUCAUCCAGCAAUACAACCACAGCAGCACCUCCGACCGAUUCGAAGCUUUUGGGUUUGGUGAGAAGCUGGUCCGUGAUCCUUUGUUCCUGGAUGAUUUUGAGGACAGGCUGCACUUCUACAUUGAAGAGUGUGACUAUCUGCAGGGCUUCCAUAUUCUCUGUGACCUGCAUGACAGCUUCGCUGGCCUUUCAGCCAAGGUGGUGGAGUUGCUGAACGAUGAAUACGGAGGCAAAGGCAUAUUGACGUGUGGUUUCAGCCCAGCUUCAUUUACAGACACAAGCCCAGUGACGGAGGUGCAUCGGCUGCUGAACUCUUUCAUGGGCAUCGUGCAGUUAUCGAGUCGCAGCUCCAUCUUCUGCCCCAUGUCACUGAACAGAAAUGCUCUGGGGCGGAAACGGCCAUCUCCCGUCAACUUCCCACACAUCAUCUACGACGCAUCUCUGAGUUAUCACAGCAGUGCAGUGCUCGCUACCGCCCUGGAAACACUCACCAUCCCGUAUCGGCUGCACUCCUGUGGUAUCUCCCUGUCCCAGCUGACAGACGCUCUCAACCUAGCCGGGAGAAAGGUGAUCAGUGCGUCUGCCUCGAUCCCGUUCCCUAUAAGGGACACAGACACUAUCCCAGACGUACUCUGCAGACAGCAAGCUGCAAUGCUGUGGACCAGGCUGACACCAUGUGGAGACUUCCAGGAGUCCCAAUGCUUUGCUCAGUCGGUGGUGAUCCGAGGAGUCAGCAAUGAAAGACAAAUCAGUAAUCUUCCUCCAGGAGUAAGGGUGCCCUCGGUAUUACAUAGCUGUCCAACUGGAGAGGAUGUGCUGAGUACAUUCCUGCACAGUUACUUCCCCACCGCUCUCAGUGCUGUCCAUCUGGCUCAAACCCCCUGUUCCGUCACCUCUCCUUAUCCACAGUUUUUCAGUCCAUCCUUGAACAAACAGGGACAGCUCCUGGGAGAUGGUCUGUCGUCGUCGUCGUCAACGUGUGCUGUCCAGAGUAUUCCCGUGAUGAGUACGCUUCAGUCAUCACCAGUCUUACACAGUGUCCUGCGCAGUUUGUACCAGGAGGUGAACAGCCUCAACCUUCGCAAGUUCAGCGCCUUUCUGUCUGCUGGUACUGACCUGGAGGAUGUCCGCGAGGUCCUCGAGGAACUGAACACCCUGGCCCACUGCUACAAAAUUAACUUUGAUAUGGAGGAAUCAGGAGAUGAUUCUGAUGGUGAAUAGAGAACGCUGUAAACCUGCCAAGCCCCUCAAGUGAUGCUUACCCCUGAGGAACAGGGCAAACUGGGAAUCCACAUCUGUAAAUACGUUCAACACCAGAGAGCAGUGCCACAUUCCACCGUCAAUGCAACAGGUCAGACAGAGGGUGACUGCUGGGUCCCUCAGCCAGGCAUGAAUGACCACUGAGAGAGACAGGAGGCUGCUUCCUUAAUACGGAGACUUUGUUGUUUAUUUUCUUUUGCAAUAAAAAUUGAAGUGGAAAGUGACAGCAGCAUUGCUGUUUGGGGAGCUGCUGAGAUUAACCCUUUUCUCUUUAUCACCUUAUUGAAAAUACCAGAUCGCAGUGUCAAAAGAUUUAUUCAGCUAUUUUGACUCAACAGUGCUAGUAACACAAACUUACAGACAACCACUCACUAUAACUUAACAUGUACAAAAAAAUACAUUACACAUUUAAUUUACAGCAAUUUAAAAAAAAGACUUAUCUGGCAGCAGCUGGUGGUAAAAUCACUAUCCAAAUUUUGGAUCCAUUAGCACAGACUAUUUCUUUAUAACUCUCACAUCCAUCCUUUUCCAAGUCCGUGUGGACACUGCUUCAGGUCAGUAUCAGACUGACAGGGGAACCCACUGAGUUACUGGGAGUCUGCAUAUUUAAAAUAACCCCUUCCUGUGCAAUAAAGGCCACAUUGCAUACUCCAGCUCACGAGUUAAAAAUCACACCACACCAGGGUUAAUUGGAAACACUAGCUUUCCGAGCGCACAAUUGUAAGAGCUAGAAUUUAUAGCAAAAGUUUAGUGUGCUGUAACUGAAAUUAUACUUUGA